GUCAAGUCUCGACGCCGAAUGUUUUCACAUUCGCUUCCCUCCACAAAUCUCCAAAUUUCAACUUACCAAACCCUAAAACGCUGUUUAUGAUCGAAUCUUCGCCGAUGAGUCUAGCAUCGUCGAGAAUCUGCAGCUUCAUGGACGCGCAACCACCAUACGAUGCCUGAGCUGCGUAGCCGACCACGCAGAAAUUGGGCCUCUAACUACCCUAACCCGAAUCAUUCUCCAAUUAAGCUCACUGUACAGGCUCGCCAGAAAAGAACUGGCGAGAGGAAGAGGAAAAGAGACACGAUCGCUGCUGAUGAGCAGAAAAACAAGGAGAAUAUUGUAAGAGAAAACACAUUUGUUCAUAACACGUUGUUGUUUGAGGAAGACAAGGAAGAGGAAGGAGCGGCGGUCAGAGUUUUGAAAGAAGACGUUGCAGGGAAAAUGGAGUACGACAGUGGUGGCCGGAGCGGGGAUAAUGGUGCAGGGGCCGAGGACGAGGGCAGUCCAGCGCCUCUUCCUGAGAAGGUCCAGGUUGGUGGUUCCCCAACGUACAGGAUAGAUAGAAAACUUGGGAAAGGAGGUUUUGGACAAGUAUAUGUUGGUAGAAGAGUCAGCCCCUCCCCUAAUAAUGAAAGAACUGGACCUGCUGCUUUAGAGGUAGCAUUGAAAUUUGAGCAUAGAAGCAGCAAAGGAUGCAAUUAUGGACCUCCUUAUGAGUGGCAAGUGUACGGUGUGCUUGGGGGCAGUCAUGGUGUGCCACGAGUUCAUUAUAAGGGUAGGCAAGAUGACUACUAUGUCAUGGUAAUGGAUAUGCUUGGGCCUAGCUUAUGGGAUGUUUGGAAUAAAAACUCACAUACGAUGUCUACCGAAAUGGUUGCAUGCAUAGCUAUUGAAGCAAUCUCAAUAUUGGAGAAAAUGCACUCUAGAGGGUAUGUGCAUGGUGACGUGAAGCCUGAGAAUUUUUUGCUUGGCUCACCUGGAACUCCAGAUGAGAAAAAAUUGUUUCUUGUUGACCUUGGGUUAGCUACCAGGUGGCGAGAUAGUUCAACUGGCUUACAUGUUGAAUAUGAUCAACGCCCAGAUGUUUUCAGAGGAACAGUGCGGUAUGCUAGUGUGCAUGCUCAUCUCGGUAGAACUGGUAGCAGGAGAGAUGACUUAGAAUCACUUGCUUACACCCUUGUUUUUCUUCUUCGCGGCCGACUGCCUUGGCAAGGGUAUCAGGGAGAAAAUAAAGGCUUCCUGGUUUGCAAGAAGAAGAUGGCCACUUCCCCUGAAACUUUGUGUUGCUUAUGUCCUCAGCCUUUUCGACAGUUUGUUGAGUAUGUGGUGAAUUUGAAAUUUGACGAGGAACCCAACUAUGCCAAGUAUAUCUCACUUUUUGAUUGCAUUGUUGGCCCAAAGCCAGAUAUUAGGCCUAUAAACACUGAUGGUGCUCAAAAGCUUAUAUAUCAAGUUGGACAGAAGAGAGGACGAUUUUCAAUGGAGGACGAAGAUGACGAGCAGCCAAAUAAAAAAGUUCGAAUCGGAAUGCCUGCAACGCAAUGGAUUAGUGUUUACAAUGCUCGCCGACCCAUGAAGCAAAGAUAUCACUACAAUGUGGCAGAUUUGAGGCUUUCGCAAUAUAUUAAAAAGGGAAAUGAAGAUAGAUUAUUUAUCAGCAGUGUGGCUUCUUGCUCAAACCUGUGGGCUCUAAUUAUGGAUUCUGGCACUGGCUUCACUGCUCAAGUUUAUGUGCUCUCGCCCUAUUUUCUUCACAAGGAGUGGAUUAUGGAACAGUGGGAGAGGAAUUACUAUAUCAGCGCAAUUGCAGGAGCCGAUAAUGGGAGAUCAUUAGUUGUGAUGUCAAAGGGGACCCAGUAUCUUCAGCAGUCUUAUAAGGUCAGUGAUUCAUUUCCCUUUAAGUGGAUCAAUAAAAAAUGGAAGGAGGGUUUUUAUGUCACUUCCAUGGCCACCGCUGGUAGUAGAUGGGCAAUUGUUAUGUCUCGAGGUACACCGUUUUGUGACCAGGUUGUGGAAUUAGAUUUUCUAUAUCCUAGUGAAGGAAUACGCCGGAGGUGGGAUGAUGGUUACCGUAUUACAUCAACUGCAGCAACUUGUGAUCAGGCUGCUUUUGUUCUUAGUGAGCCAAGACGAAAACCUGCGGAUGAAACUCAGGAGACUCUUCGUACCUCAGCUUUCCCCAACUCACAUGUUUCCAAGGAGAAGUGGGUUAAGAAUCUGUACAUUGCUUCCAUUAGCUAUGGUCGAACUGUCUCUUGAACAGCCAAAGUUUUUCAUAUCACGGAUGUUAUUCCAAGGAUGCGCUUUAAAACUCAUUAAACAACUCGUCAGCUAUGAGUUUUGGAAGAAAAAGAAUCCUCUCAAGCAGUCAAGCCAAAUGACUUUCAUGGCAUUUGGCACUCUACGUAUGCAAAAUUCUAAUUUAUUGUCACCAUCACAUAACAUCUAUUAUGACCUGCUGUGCACUGUCUUUCAGUUGUGUCCUCAAAAUGCUUGCUGGCCUAAUGUUAGCUUUUCUGUGUUAACUGUAUUGGGUUCUUGUCACCCAGAUUUGAAAGAUUUGUAUGGUUGAAACUAUCUUGGUUAAAGAAACACGCACAGGUCAUGUUAUUGAUGGCACUGUGAGAACAUGCAAUUACAAAAAACUGUUCAUUGGAGCAACAUAUGCAUCCUACUGGUUCUGUUUUUUACCCAAAAUUCGUACAUGUUA